AAAUUCCCAAUUAUUCUUCUUCUUCCCCCAAAUUAAAACCUAGGGUUCUUAAGCGAUUUUGAAAACGACGAACCCAGAAAUUGAGUUCAAUUGAGAGUGAUUCCCGACAACACAAAGCUACUAUCAUGACUAAAAGAAAGAGGAAGCUUCAAAAUCGAAUUGAACGUGAUGCCCAAAUCGAACCCGAAAUCACAGAGGAGAGAGACGAAGUUGAAGAAGAAGGAGCCGAAUCUCAUGAUUCUAGUGUUGAUGAAGAUGACUGUCCAGUUAUCGUGGAAGAUAGCAGAGGAUAUACAGAGGUGGAACCAUGUUUGGCUGAAAAUGAAGAGGAAGAAGAUGAUGGUCUCAUCGAUGUUGAAAUCUGCAACAACUUAGAAGACCAUUUUGGGCAGGAUGCGUGUGAAGAAGCAACUGGUGAAAAUUCUGAUGACAGUGGAGACGACAUUUGGGACGACGACAAGAUCCCUGAUCCAUUAUCCGACGAUGACCAAGAGGAAGCUGAGAGACCAUGUAAUGAUGGAGUUCAACCUGAUGAUCUAUUAGCAUUGCAUAAGACAUUCAACAAUGCAGAUGAAUUCAAGUAUGCACUCCUUAGGUAUUCUCUUAAAACCGAAUAUGAUAUCAAAAUGUUUAAGUCAUCAUCUGAUAGACUUGGGGCAAAGUGCACACAACACAUCAAAGAAAAGUGUCCAUGGAUGGUGUAUUGUUCUUUUGAGAAGAGUAAAAGCAAGCUUGUAAUAAAGACAUUCCGGAAUGAGCAUGUUUGUGUAAGAUCUGGUUACACAAAGCUGUUAAAGAGCGGAACUAUUUCUCAGUUGUAUGAAGAAAGACUACGACUCAAUCCUAAGAUAAAAUCGCAGGAGAUGGUAGAUGAAAUCAAGAGAGAGUAUAAUAUGAUAGUUAGUGUGCAUCAAUGUCGGAGAGCGAAGAAGUUGCUAAGAAAAAAGAGAAGGGCCAGCCAUGAAUCCCAUUUUGCUAGAAUAUGGGAUUAUCAAGAAGAGAUACGUACCUCUAAUCAUGGUUCAACGAUGGAGGUUGAGACGAUUCCUGGGCCAAUUCCUGGUGGCUUACAAAGAUUUUACCGUCUCUAUGUAUGUUUUGAAGCAUUGAAAUCAUCUUGGAAGCAGUCAUGUAGGCCGAUUAUUGGAUUGGAUGCAGCAUUUAUGAAAUGGGAUAUCAAAGGGCAAAUGUUAGCUGCAGUUGGUAGAGAUGGUGAUAACAGGAUAUUUCCAAUUGCUUGGGCUGUGGUAGAGGUAGAGGAUAUUAAUAAUUGGAUGUGGUUUGUACAAUUACUGAAAAAAGAUUUGAGCCUUGGAGAUGGAGCUGACAUUACAAUCAUUUCAGAUAAACCACAGAAACAAAUAAGCACCAUGUUUUUCAUUUUGGCUUUGCGUACUUCACUUUUACACCAUCCGAUCUCAUCUUUCAAAUUUAGGACCAUAUCUUUCAUCUCACCCACUUUUAUCUUCUCAUUCUCAAUCUCGGACUCUCUUUGUAACAUGUCUACAACCUCCUCAUACAUGCCGUCUUCUACCCACUUAAACAAGUGACCAUCCUAGAGUACUCAAGCAUCACAAAUAUGUUUCAAGCCUUUAAGAUGUUAGUAAAUACACAAUAAAGAAUGAAGAUAGUU